AUGCCUCGAUUCCGGCUCCGUUCUCGGUUCCCUUGGCUCGUUGUUCGUCGUCGAUCUGGCGACGCAGACGACGACGACAGCGAAGCCGACGACCGCGGCCUGCUUGCCUCCCUGUCUCUGCCCCUGCGCGCCGUGCGCCGUGUCCGAAGCUUUUUCAGCCGCCGAUCAAACACCAGCACCACAACAGACCCCUUCGCCGAUCCCUUGCCGCCUACCUUCAACGACAGGUACGAACACCACCUGCGCAAGUACGAGGCGGAGGCGGCCCGCACACGGGAAAAAUACAGUUUCGACACGGAGCCGUUGCCGUUGACGCCUGCUUCGAAGAGAAGACAACAACGGAGAAGAAAGACUAGUUUGUUUACAAAUACAAGUUCUCCGAGUUCUUCGACUCCAUGGCGCACUGGCGGCGGACACAAUGCAAACACAGACAGCCCAUCUGGUAGCGGUGGCGGAAUCAAACUGUCGAGACUGAUUCCACGGACACCAAAGACACCGACUCGAAAAGGCAGAGGCAAAGGCAAAAACAAGAACACUGAUGCCGAUGAUGCUGAGGAGGAGGCUCGGCGGGAGAAGAGGCGUCAGAAUGUCCAUGACAGGAUUCAUGGCCGUUAUGACCCUGAUAAUGAUGACGAUCAUAUCAGUCUCGAGAGUUGGGAAGAGAUCUGGUUCAAUUUGGGGAAUGAUAGGCCUGCAACGACCAAUGCCAAUGCGAGUGCGAGUACGGCGGGACCGAGUGGGACUACGAAUGCGGACCCAGAGAGGAACAACACUGGCAGAAACAACAACACCAACGGUGAUGAUGACAGUGGCAAUGACAAUAUCCGCACUAUUGAGAGAUUGGCUUCGGUUGAUGAAACACAAGAACCAGCAGAAGAAGAAGAACCGCAUACACCACGGGCACGACAGAUGCCGCCACGGAUUGAAGAAGAAGGAGAGGAAAAAGGAGAGGAUGUUGAUGCUGACAAUACCACUACUACUAAUACUACCGAUGCACCUACGCCACCUCCUACUUCUCCUGCUACUGUGAGCGGUGAUGAUACCACUUCUCAGGACGAGGGCCAAAUCCAAGAUUUCAAUGCCAAUAUCACGACUGGGCCGGGCCAGUCGUGGCGGAAACUGGUUUGA